AUGGCAUCCAGUAUGCGAUCAAUGAUCACUUUUUACGACGUUGAUUUUAAAACAAAUAAUUGGUCGGAAAGUUAUAACUCAGCACUACAACGACGAGCACAACAAAAUCAUUUAUCCAUCUGGGCAUUAAUAGAACUUUUGAUUACUGAAGAAACUGCUGUUCGAAUAAAACAUUUUCAAUUAUUAAAUGGCAAAACAAGACGUGUUCAUAAAGCCGUUCGUGACGAUGUCUUGGAAAUCAAUAAAAAGAUAAUUGAAUGCAAUCAAAAAUUUGAGGAUGAUGAAAUUCAACUUGACGAAUGUUUAUUGUCACUUGCCUCAUUAGUCGGUGUGAAAUAUGAUAAGUGGCGUAAAUUGAGAAAGAAGAACAGAAAAAGAAAAGAUGACAACGCUGAUAAUUAA